UUUUUUUUUGCUUGGAUUCCGCUUUGGGGUAGAAGGAGGGGAAACAUGACAACUUCAUCCAUCAGGCGGCAGAUGAAAAACAUUGUGAACAAUUACUCCGAGGCGGAAAUAAAAGUCCGGGAGGCGACUUCCAAUGACCCCUGGGGCCCUUCUAGCUCCUUGAUGACCGAAAUAGCUGACCUGACUUACAAUGUGGUGGCCUUCUCUGAAAUCAUGAGCAUGAUUUGGAAGCGGCUCAACGACCAUGGCAAAAACUGGAGGCACGUGUACAAGGCCUUAACCCUGUUGGAUUACUUGAUUAAGACCGGAUCGGAGCGUGUGGCCCAGCAGUGCAAAGAGAACAUCUUUGCCAUCCAGACGCUGAAGGAUUUUCAGUACAUCGACAGAGACGGCAAGGACCAGGGCAUCAAUGUGCGGGAGAAGUCCAAGCAGCUGGUCUCGCUCCUGAAGGACGACGAGCGGCUCAAGGCGGAGAGGGCCCAGGCCCUGAAAACCAAAGAGCGGAUGGCUCAGGUGGCCACAGGGCUUGGGAAUAACCAGAUCACCUUCGGCAGAGGUUCCAGCCAGCCUAACCUGUCCACCAGCUACUCAGAGCAAGAAUACGGCAAAUCCGGAGGCUCGCCGGCUUCUUAUCACGGGUCAACAUCGCCUCGAGUGUCUUCUGAACUGGAGCAGGCGCGGCCGCAGACGAGUGGGGAGGAAGAACUCCAGCUGCAGCUUGCCCUGGCUAUGAGCAGAGAGGUUGCGGAGCAGGAGGAACGCCUUCGACGUGGUGACGAUCUGAGAUUGCAGAUGGCUUUGGAAGAAAGUCGCAGAGAUACAGUGAAAAUUCCCAAAAAGAAAGAGCGCACGACUCUGUUGGAUCUGAUGGACGCCCUGCCCUCUUCGGCCCCGGCUCCUCAGAAAGCAGAGCCCUGGGGGCCUUCGGCGGCAGUAAACCAAACAGACCCCUGGGGGGGCCCUUCAGCAGGCAGUACCACCUCGGAUCCGUGGCAGUCAUUCGGUGCCAAGCCAGCUGCUCCCGUUGACCCCUGGGGGGGGUCCCCUGCAGCCUUGCCCCCUUCCCAGCCCCUCUCGAAGAAUGUACACCCCUGGGCUUCCUCACAGCCACCUUCCACGACAGCCAAAGCCACCGCCGAUCCUUGGGGACCUGCCUCUGUGAACAAGCCUAUUUCCGCUUCCGGAAGCAAAUCCUUUGACCUCUUCAGCAAUUUGAAUGGGACGGUUAAAGAUGACUUUUCUGACUUCGACAGCCUUCGGACGUCUAAAAAGCAAGCCGAUUCGGUGUCGGCCCAGAACAGCGGUACAACCAGCCCCGACCUGUUUGAGUCUCAGCCUUCCAAUCCGGCACCCGGUAAACAGAACGCUGCACGGAAAACCCCGGAGUCUUUCUUGGGCCCCAACGCUGCCUUGGUCAAUCUGGAUUCGUUGAUAUCGAAGCCGCCACAACCCGCCCCUUCACUGAAUCCGUUCUUGGCUCCAGGGGCCGGUGCUGCGUCUGCUGCUUCUGCUCCAAUCAACCCUUUCCAAGUGAGCCAGCCCCAGCCUCUCACCCUCAAUCAGAUGCGGUCGAGCCCCGUCAUGGGCAGCAGUCCGUCCUUCCACGCCGUGCCGGCGGUGGCCGUGGAGCCCAUACCUCUCCCGGCCGUGGCGCCCGUGCCCGCCGUGGGCACAAUGGUGUCCCUCGCCGGGAUGGGCCGGGGGAUGGGCGUGGGCGUCGUGGGGCCUCUGGCGGCCCCCCUCCGCAGUACUGGAAUCCCCACCUCCGCCUCGCAGCCUGCAAACACAACUAACCCUUUCCUCCUAUAAGAACUUCAGCGCCUGGGACUUGACUCGGCUUUAUGAGGUUUGCGGAACUGAGCUGGAAGCGCCUCGAGCUCGUUUGGACAGCGAAAGAGCGUGCAAGAGACUUUGCCGGCGGCGGGGGUAGACGUGCGGUUUGCGGUUACGUUCUUGGAAGAGUUCUCUCUCUCUCUCUCUCUCUCUCUCUACUUCCCUAUUUAAUCUAAACUUUUGUCUGCAGGUGGUGGUACUUAAUUUUUGGCUUGCGGGAGAAGGUGCGUAAGAUGCCUUUGAACCCUCGUCACCAGAGUUUUAGAUUUCUUCUCUCUCUCUCUCUCCUCUUCCCCUGAAACAUUUCAGUACCGGAGGAAGAACCUUGCUAUUUUAAACUCCCCUUGCCCCUUUUUUGCUAUAUUUUGUACAUGAUACCCUUCCCCCCAAAGCAGGCUGUGACCCAGGUGUGUAGGCAUCCUGCGUUCACAAAGAAUACAUCGGAGGGCUCAAGUGCUCGCGAGACCGCAUCGGCACAGAACUCCGUACUGUCCUUAGACCGUUGGGUCGCCCAUAGUCCUUAUGAAAUCGUAGAGCAAAGGAGGGUUUGCAGUGGCCAGAAGUGGCUUUUAAGUAAAGCUAUCAUGCAAAACUCUGCCCUUUCCCCUGGGGUCAGGGGUUGACCAAGAAGGCAAAUUUGUCAGAAGGGGAGGGGGAGAGACAGAAGUAUAGCUCUCCACCAGUUGUGAACUUCUCAAAGUGUGCUGUUUUCCAUAUGCAGUGUUGAAAUCUGUGUGCUUCUUUUUUUUCUUCUUCUGGGGGACUCUUAAAAAGGACUUCCUGUCCGAGCGGCUGGCAUGCUGGGUUUGUGUUCGGGAGUGGCUCUCCGCUUCGUGCUCGUCCGAUAAGUGACUUCAUUUGGGAAUUACUGUGUGCGCGUGUGUGGUUUGUUUUUGUUUUUAAUUUGACUUGCAUCACGAUUUUUUGCAAAAAGGGGGGAAUAACGGGGCAACGAUGAAUUCCGUUUCGACUGGGGCAAGUUUGGGGAAAUAGUUUUGGGAUGAACUUUGCCAUUAUUAUGCAGUUAUCCUUGUAUACUUUUGCACUUUUGGGGGUUUUUUUGGGAGGGGGAGGGAGUUUUAGUACCGUUUUCAGACCUGAAUGGGCAUGAUUUGCCCUGAAGUUUCUCUCUUGCUAAUUUUUAUAAUGUUCUUAUUUAACAAGUCUGUAGCAUCAGGUCUGGCUGAAAAAAAUCAAGACACUGACAGUUUUUAUGAUUUGAUCCCCUCUUAUUUAUAUAUAUAUAUAUAUUUUUAGCUCUUUUGUUUCUGUAAAGAGAAUUUUAAAAGGGAAAUAUUUGUGAGCUGUUUUGCUUUGGAACAAAGAGGUUUCUUAAUGAAAUUAAGAUGUGCUGAAGCAGCAGAACUUCAGAGUGGAACACAAAUGCAGCAUUUAAAAAGGAAAACACUAAAGUUGCCUUCCCCCCCCCCCCCUUUUCCCUUCCUGUUCUACGAUCAAUCUCCUUCCCUCAUCCCAAUGAAAAGACUUUUAAAAGCCUUUUAUAGCCAGGAGAUCACAAAAGGAACAACUUCUCUCUUGUAAUACUUUGGGAAACUUUGAAAACAAAACUGUUGUAUGAAUGUUGUUAAUUCUAAUUGACUAAAUUCUUCUAACUAAAAGUGCACUCUGUGCUAACAA